AUGCUUCCAUGUCUUGAGAAAGUCUAUUAGAUGGUUCUGUAAACUCAACUCUAAUUUCUCGAUAAUGAACAAAUACUAUAAAUUAGAUUGCAAGAUUCAUAUCGAUUGAUCUUGAAGAAAGAUUACUUGCAUAUCUAUAAUAAGGAUGACCCCUUUAUUUCUCUUUUGAUUUGUUUUCCAAAUUUAAUACAAUGGUACGUUGUGAAAGACCUAUUGAUUGGGUUUUCAAUAAACGGAUACGAAUUUACGAGUCAUCAAGGCAAUUUACUUAAGAAACUCAAAACUCUCUUAGGAGGGAGAAUGCUGUUCUCCAAGGUUCAAGACUUCUUCUAGCCCUAGAAGGUAUUGGGAAGUGGAAGUUCUUCGAAAGUGAUGGGUGUGACGGAGAAGGAAAGCGGAAACCAAUAUGCUGCAAAAUGUGUGAAGAAGGAAGAUAUGAGUUUUUAGGAAAUUGAAAUUAAUAAUCAAUUGUAGCAUCCUGCUUUUGUUAAGGUCAAGGAGGUGCAUCAAGGAGAGACCAGCUUUUACAUAGUGAUGGAUCUAUUGCAGGGUAAAACCUUAUAAUUGUUUCUUGGGCACCAUAAACCUUUCCAAUUGGAGUAGACAAAAUAAAUUAUGCAUGUAUAAUGAUCAAUAAAUAUGAGAGGCCUUGUUGGAGGGCAUAGAAUUCAUGCACUCCAAAAACAUUAUGCAUAGAGAUAUUAAACCUGAAAAUAUCAUUCUGGAGGUGAAAGGAGGGUAGGUUAGGUUGAAAAUAGUAGAUUUAGGUUUGGCUACUUAUAGCACACUGAGUAAAUUUAUUUGCAUAACCAAGUAGAGAAGUUCAAAAAUCCCAAAUGUGGCACUAUUGGAUUUGUGGCUCCAGAAAUCAUCAACUUAUAAAAUCCUAAUCACACUUAUGAUAAGGCCUGCGACAUCUUCAGUUGUGGAGUAAUCUUUUACAGACUGCUCACAGGCAGAGAUGUCUUUCCAGGAUCUAAAUUUUCCUAUGUUUUUGAACUCAAUAAGAAGUGCAAUAUUGAUUUCACCUAUCUAACUUUGCAAAAACUGCCUGUUAAUUUGACAGUAUGCAUUUGUAUUAUUGAGGAAUCUUGUUUAAAGAAUGUUAUCAAGAGAUCCUAAAUUGAGACCUACAGCCACUUAGUGUUUGAAUCACGAAUUUUUUAAGAACAUUCAAAAAUACAGUGUCAUCCAAAAAAAGCAAGGGUUUUUGUAGUCCAAAUAGCACACUGUUGAAUUCAGUUAGGAUCAAGACAUUUAGGAGUAUUAAGGAUCGUUUGUGACUACAGAGAGAAUGUAGUAUUCAAGCUAACCCAGAUAACAACAAAA